AUGGCGACCUGCAGGCAGCUCCUCCUCGCGCUCGUCGUCGUUGCCGCCGCCGUUGAGUGCACCGCGGCGUUUGAUCAGGAUAACACGCCGUUCCAGCCGAUCCCGGACCUCGCCGUCCCGCGCAUCCAGGAGCUCGGCCGAUGGGCCGUGCAGCAGCACAAUAAUCAGGUGGGCGACCGGCUGACGUUCGUCAGGGUGAACGGCGGGCAGUUCCAGAUUGUGGCGCCGGCGCUCAACUACCUGCUUGCCGUUGACACGAUGAACGUCGACGGCACGGCCAGCACGCACACAGCCCUCAUCUUCGUGCAGUACUGGACCAACACGCAGCGCCUCGACUCUUUUAAUUAA